CCUGGUGGGAGCGUCCGUCUCACGCACCGGGCCCAGAGGGAACACAGCACAGCAUCUGGUGUGUCUACAGCAGGCAGCAGAGAUGGAAUUCCCUGGUUUUAACAUCUCUUGGGCACCUUUAGUAUCCCGGGCACGUUACAGAGCACAUCCCAGUGAAUCCCCACGAGAACUGAGCAUGCAGAAUUCAGAGGGUGGAUCGGAUUCGCCGGCUUCCGUGGCUCUGUGUCCCUCGUCAGCAGCCCAGGCGCCUGUGGCCCAGCCUGUGCCAGCCUCGCCACAGAGGGUGUUGGUCCAGGCAGCAGGCUCGGCUCCGAAGGGGGCUCAGAUGCAGCCCAUCUCCCUCCCCAGAGUGCAGCAGGUGCCACAGCAGGUAACCACAGCACAGGUCCAGCCCGUGCAGCACGUGUAUCCCCCCCAGGUGCAGUACGUGGAAGGGGGGGAAGCCGUCUACACCAACGGAGCCUUGCGGACGGCGUAUGCCUACAACCCCGAACCCCAGAUGUACGCCCCCAGCAGCUCCGCGUCGUACUUCGAGGCCCCGGGCGGUGCCCAGGUGACCGUGGCAGGCUCCUCCCCGACGGCAGUCCCCGCCCACAGCAUGGUGGGCAUCACCAUGGAUGUCGGGGGCAGCCCCAUCGUCUCCGGCGCGGGAGCCUACCUCAUUCACGGGGGCAUGGACGGCACCCGGCACUCCCUGGCGCACACAUCCCGCUCAUCACCCGCUACGCUUGAAAUGGCGAUUGAAAACCUCCAAAAAAGCGAAGGGAUCACAUCACACAAAAGCGGUUUACUCAACAGUCAUCUCCAGUGGCUCUUGGAUAAUUACGAAACCGCGGAAGGCGUGAGUCUCCCCAGAAGUUCGCUCUACAACCACUACCUUCGCCACUGCCAGGAACACAAGCUGGACCCCGUGAACGCGGCCUCCUUUGGGAAGCUGAUCCGCUCCGUGUUCAUGGGCUUGAGGACGCGGCGGCUGGGUACCAGGGGCAACUCCAAAUAUCACUACUACGGGAUCCGUCUGAAGCCAGACUCGCCCCUGAGCCGGCUGCAGGAGGACACGCGGUACACGGCCAUGCGGCAGCAACCUGUACAUCAGAAGCCCAGGUACCGGCCAGCCCAGAAGACGGACAGCCUUGGGGAGAGCGGCUCGCAUGGCAGCCUGCACAGCACACCUGAGCAGGCCAUGGCUGCCCAGAGCCAACACCACCAGCAGUACAUCGAUGUGUCCCACGUCUUCCCGGAGUUCCCGGCGCCCGACCUGGGUGGUGUCCUGCUGCAGGAGAAUAUCACGCUGCACGACAUCAAGGCCCUUCAGCUGGCCUACCGGCGGCACUGCGAGGCCACUUUAGAUGUCGUGAUGAACCUCCAGUUCCACUACGUUGAGAAGCUGUGGCUUUCCUUCUGGAAUUCUAAAGCCUCCUCCAGCGACGGCCCUGCCUCUCUACCUACCAGCGACGAGGAGCCGGAGGGCGCCGUCCUCCCCAAGGACAAGCUGGUAUCUUUGUGCAAGUGCGACCCCGUGCUCAGGUGGAUGAGGACCUGCGACCACAUCCUGUACCAGGCGCUGGUGGAGAUCCUCAUCCCAGACGUGCUGCGGCCCGUGCCCAGUACCCUGACCCAGGCCAUCCGCAAUUUUGCCAAGAGCUUGGAAGGCUGGUUGACGAACGCCAUGAGCGACUUCCCACAGCAGGUCAUCCAGACCAAGGUCGGCGUGGUCGGCGCCUUCGCACAGACCCUGCGGCGCUACACGUCGCUCAACCACCUGGCGCAGGCGGCUCGGGCAGUGCUGCAGAACACGGCGCAGAUCAGCCAGAUGCUGAGCGACCUCAACCGCGUGGACUUCGCCAACGUGCAGGAGCAGGCCUCGUGGGUGUGCCAGUGCGAGGAGGGCGUGGUGCAGCGUCUGGAGCAGGACUUCAAGCUGACCCUGCAGCAGCAGAGCUCCCUGGACCAGUGGGCCAGCUGGCUGGACAACGUAGUCACCCAGGUCCUGAAGCAGCACGCGGGCAGCCCCAGCUUCCCAAAGGCUGCACGGCAGUUCCUGCUGAAAUGGUCCUUCUACAGCUCCAUGGUGAUCCGCGACCUCACGCUGCGCAGCGCCGCCAGCUUCGGCUCCUUCCACCUCAUCCGGCUGCUCUACGACGAGUACAUGUUCUACCUGGUGGAGCACCGCGUUGCCGAGGCCACUGGGGAGACGCCCAUUGCCGUGAUGGGAGAGUUCAACGAUCUUGCCUCCCUGUCACUGACACUGCUCGACAAAGAUGACCUCAGCGAGGACCGUGGAGGCAGCGAGGCCCGCUCGGAGGCCCGAGGCCGGGGCGAGCCCCUGGUGAAGCGGGAGCGCAGCGACCCCAACCACCCGCUGCAGGGCGUCUAGCUGGGCCGCGCUGCCCCGGCUCCAGGUCCCUGAGCUCCGCCGCGGUAGUGCCUCCUGGAUGAAGUGACCUUUACUCUGAGUGCCGGGGCCCCCAGGCCAGGGCGCCCUUAAAGGACACGCUCUCCGUCAAGAGGAAAACCGUUGCGACCACGACCGAAGCCCAGAUGGGGCGCCCAGACCCCUUUUCCUUCUUCUGAAUGUUCCUUCCCCCACUGCAAACAUCCGCCUCCAGAGCUGGAAGGGGCCGUGCUGAGCGAGUCGCUACCUCCACUUCGGGCAUCUCCCCCUGCCAGCUCGUUCAGAUUUUCACCCUGAUUUGAAAAAACUCCAGCAGGUCCCGGGGAGGAAGGGAUGUCCCGCAGCCGUCGGGCAGCGCCAAGCUGACCAUGUCCCCGCAGCCCCCCUCAGGCCCUGCGGUGGGGAGAGGCCAUCUCGGUCCUCGCCCCGUGGCCUCCUGCCCUGCCGGCCGCCAGGCACCCCAUCUCUAGACCCCGAAGGGAUCAGAAGCAGCCGCCAAUUGCGUCCCCGGACGGCGCGCAUCCCACGGCCCCACGUGGCUCAAAGAACACGUCACGGAAGCAGGCCCGCUCGUGGUGGGGGCGGGGCCUUUCAAAAUCAAAGCCAGAAGCUUGAUGAGCAACCAGAAGGACUGUGAAUCUGUCCAGGUUCACAGCCAACGUCAAGUUAAACUGUGAGGUCUGGAAUGAGUUUGUUCCAAGGGGGCCGGGAGGUCAGGGUCUCCGCCGCGCCUUCAGAGGGCAGCCAUCCUGCCAAGUCUGUGCACGAGCAACCGUGCCUGAGCCCCGCUCCACAGAACCUUCCAGAACGUCUGCCUUUGAAGUAGCAAUCCCAGAACACUGUGAACCCGGCAGGUCCCAUCUUGAACUGCUCAGGGUCCAAACUCUUCUCUGGGGACAAACAAAUCCCAAGGGCUGUCCCACCCCUGACCUUGAAACUCUCCAGAUCUGUGUCCCUCGUAACGUGUUGCACCAGUAAGCCCUGUGCCAGAGUUCCGCUCCCGAAGCAGCUGCAAAGAAGAAAGACAAACCUCUGGUCUAAGAAGCAUCGGCUUCUCAAAUGCAAUAAUUUCUCCUUUUGGAAAUAUGUUCAUACGAAUAGUUUUGUGCUCUAAUUGUUAAUAGAACAUUCCUUAUGAAUGUGUAUAUCGCAGUAUAUUCAGUCCCCCAUGUUGUUUUCUCAUUCAUGCAGAAGGUACUAAUGUAAACUCACGAGGCCUUUAAAAACCCUACUUCUCGACAAGCAGGAGCGCUGUGCAUCCCUGGCGCCCGCAGGUGCCCAGGGAGAGCAGCAGGGAAGGACGAGAAAUCUCAUUUUAAGAAACCAAAAGCCCGUCAUGAUCACAACGUGCGUGUGGUCUUAAAGUUGCAGACUCAGAUGAACUCAGACAGAAGGAAUGUCUUUAAAGCUGCAUCUCCUUUCCUGGGAGACGUUCAAGCUCACGGCUCCCGGAUUGUGACGCCUGCCUUUUCUUCCACGUUUCUGCCUUACACUCUGUCUAGUCCUUUGCCGGAUUCCGCGAGGAGGAAUAUAAAUGACGGUAAAGACACCAGCCUUCCGAGCCCGUUCUCGUUUCCCGUUGCAAUAAACACACUGAACGUGCCCGUUGUGGGUCGCAAUCCACGCUCCAGCCUUUGCCCCGCCGCCCACUCCAGUGGCCUUGGAGGACGAAGCCCUCCCUCCCACACUCCCCUGGCCCUGGCACAGCCAGCCUGGCCAGACCUGGGCCACACGAGCCCAGGAAGGGAGGGCAGCAGUGCUUUCCUCCGGCUCUCUGGGGAAUGUUCCAGAAGGAGCAUUUAGCAAGGCCAGAGAGGGCAAGAAAACAACUCUCAGCCCAGGAUGGGCGAGACUGUAAACAGACUAAACUGGUUCAGAGACGCAGAAUAAAUCCACGCUCCGGCCGCUGACACAGCCCACUGGUGGUUUACGGGGUUUAUCUGGUAAAGCGGUGGGGCCCGAUCUUCAGAACCCCCUAAGAAUCAGGGCGUGAGCUUCUUCCGAAAUCGUCAGUUCCUGGGCCCCAUCCCCAGAGAGCCUGGCUCGUGGGCUUAAGGUGCAGGCGGAGCAUCCGUACUGUUGUGACCACCCGCUCUGGGGGACCGUGACACGGGGCAUUACAGGACUUUGAAGAAACCCUGCAGAGGAGAGCGAUGCGCUCAGGAAGGGCCCACAGGGGGGAGGAUGUUCCAGAAACGUGGACGCAGUUCCCCGUUAGUCGCCCAUAAAAGCUGCUUCUCAGGGGCCAGGCUGGUGCCCCGUGUGCCGCCGGAGAUGCUCAGCCUUGGCCCCAGCCCGGGCCCCUCUGUCCCGGGUGGAGGCCCUGGGGACCCCAGGUGACACUAAAAUCAUCCAUCGCUAUCCCAGGCUGGGAACUCCAGGGCCUGCGCUUGGCUUAAGGCUCUGCUGCCACCAUCCUGAAAUUCUUAAAAGAGUUUUCCAACAAAGGGCCCCUGCUUUAAUUUUGCACUGGGCCCCACAAAUACUGUGGCCAAUCCUGGGGAGGAGCUCUCAGGACCCAAGCACGCAGCCUCCCCUCAGCCGGGUGGCCAGGCCCUGACUCCAGGCCGACUCCUCUGCCAGGCUCUCAGAACCCAGCGGAACCCAGACUCGUCCCUACCCUCCCGUGGUUCACGAUUUCAGCCCGAGGCCCCCUGAGCAGCACCAGCUCUUGCGGGGAGCAGGAGCCGCCCCCGAAUCUUCCCCCUUGGAGAUCCCGGCCCGGGGCCAGGCAGCAGGGUCCCUGGGAGGGGGGAGCACCUUAGGGCCUGGGUGGCUGGUGAGGCUCUUGAGCACAGGAGAUGCCCACGUGAUUCCUGCCCCAGGAGCUGGAGGGGAGACGAGGAGGGGAGGCUGCCGAAGGCCCGUGUGUCCCUAGCCCGUUGGGUAGGGCUCCGGGGCACAGGCACAGCGAAAGGGGGACCCAGUCCUACCAAGAGCCUCCAGGAGGUCCUGACCAAUCACAGUGGCUUCUCGCCAUUGUGGUCCAUUCUUCUCUUCUUUUUGACAGUCUUCCAAGGUAGGUGUUAACCCCGCCCACCAUUGUGCACAUGGGCAAAAUGAGGCUGCUGGCUGGAAUGCAAGCAGGAUGGCUGGAGCCCCGGCAGCCAUCUUGGAACUCAAGGUGGACAUCAUAAGGAUGGCAAAGCAAUGAGACAGAAGGUACCUGGGUUCCUGGUGAUCAUUAUAACCCUAAUGGCCCUGAGUCAGAGUUCAAUAAGCCACAGUUUGGGAGGGUUGCAGGGGGACCCGUAGGCGUUCUAGCCUCCAAGAACUCUCUGGUAGCAAGAACUCUGAAGUGAGAUGCGAGGCGUGCAUGCGUGCGUGCGCGCGCGCACACACACACACACACAUAUACACAUCAGUUGCAGGAAUGCUAAGUAAGAAGGGAGAGAUUCUCCCUGGCUGGGAGUGUCACCCCCACCCCAGUUUUCCUCCCACUUCUCUGGCUGCCCCCCCCACCCUCUGCACCUGGGUCCUGCUCUUUCCACACCCUCCAUGACCUCGUCCAUGUGCUGCUGACUUGCUCCACAGCUGCCCGCCCACCGUGGCUCAGAGGUUCGUGGGUGCCUCGCCCUCCAAAGGGCGAGACAGGAGCUCAGCAUCUGACGAUCCAGACCUCCUGCCUGUAUCCCCAUCCCACUGCCCGAGCCAGAAACCCAGGGCCACCUGCAUGCCCUCCGUCCCUCCUACCUCCUCCAGACUGCCCCUAACAUGGCCACUGGUUCCUUCCUCCUGGCCACUCCCUGAGACCUCCCCGCCUGGAGAUGCAGCAGGGCAGCCGGGCUUGGACAAUAGCUGUGCCCUCACGUAAAUUACUUAGAUCAGUUUCCCCAUCUGGGAUAAAAGGGUAAUAAAAACACCUACCUCACAG